AUGUUGCAUAACCGUGUGUCAACACCUAUAAAUUUGAACAAACAUCUUUACAAACGACAAUUCUCUAGUUUAACCAAUAAUACAACUUUCAUCGCAUUGAUGAUAGUCAUCGCGGUAAUACUUGGAUUACUUUUAAUUUUUGUAAUUGUUCUUUAUCGACAAAGAAGAAACCGGAGACGUAUUUCAGACUCGAGACUGAAGCCAUUGCAACUUGUCCAAAAUGAACCUUCAUUGAGACAUGGAAAACAUAGUAAUAAUAAAAGCAAUAAAUUUAGAAAGGACAAUCGUUAUAGUCUUCCGGCUACCAAGUCUAAUGUCGCAGUAAAUGUUAGAAAAAUUGAAAUAAGAUUGAGUAUGCCAGUAGAAUUGGCUAAGCCCAUCAAAGAAUACACAUAUUAUCAAGUUGAGUCGAAAAAAGGCCAGUCUUCUGAACCUGUCCAAUUUGUUUCUGCCAUGAAAAAAAUUCAAAAGAUUCGACCUCCAGUACCCAUCCCUAAAUCUCAAUCAAUACCUCAUUAUAAUAAUUCUUUAGUUAUCUGGUCUUUCAAUAAUUCCACAAAUGAUCAUUUGGUUUCAUGGUCUAAAAUUGGUCACCAUUUUAAAUUUGUAAAUAUCACUAGGCUUAUUACUACAAGAAUUCGCUCUUUGAUCGGUGCAUCGCAACAAUCGAUUCAUCGCAAUUUCUAUCUUGAUAUACCACAACAAAUUUCAUGUGAGAAGUGGUUUGAACUUUUACAUGAUAUUAUCUCAAAAAUUGUUGAUGAUAUAUUACGCGAAAAAUAUGAAUUUCUGUCUAUAAAAAGACAUGAAAUUUAUGAUUUGGUCACUCGCAUAGCUAAGGAUGUAAUCAAAGAAUAUACAGAGUCUGAAACUCGACUCGUCCCGAAUUAUGCUCUUCUUUCAAGUGGUGCACGCGUAAUUCCUCACCUGACUUCUAGUGAAUAUGUUGGAUAUCCGGAUGAAUUCGUUAAACGUCAGGUAUCGAAAAUGUUUAAUAUCAAGCCUAUCCAAUCAAAACCGGCAAAGAUCGUCUUAACAUCGAACAAUGAGGCAGGAAACUGCUUUUGUUUUACCGGUACUCACGGUCAACUUGCAAUUCAUUUAAGUCACAAUAUAAAAGUGACUUCAAUCACUUACGAACAUUUAAAUCCCGCAUUGGCCUUGGAUCCGGAUGACAUGCGACGUGCACCAAAGUCUUUCGAAAUUGUUGGCAUCUCUGUUGAUUCUCAAGAGAAACAUGAUGAAUAUAUUCAACUUGGUAGUUUCGAUUAUGAACUUGAUGGUCCUCCUGCCCAAAAUUUCGAAAUAAAUCAUCCAAAUUUGGAGUUAUUGCCAGUAAUGAAGGCUGUUGUCUUAAAAAUUAAGGGCAAUUGGGGUGAUGAUGAACUCACAUGCUUAUAUCAAGUGAAGGUUCAUGGAUAUAUUUCAAAGAUAUAA